UCGCUAUGUUGGCUCUCAACCGAAAAUGCAAAUGCCACCGACAGUGAACUAACGAUUGCAGUCAUCGUUAUCUGUCAGUGUGGGGGUGGGGUGGGUGACCUACGGCUAUUUCCCCCUUAAUCGGUUUAUAUUUAACGUGCCCCAACCGGAGACUGAAUAAAUUAACAUAGUAUGGUUAACUGUCUUCUCGAUAACUGAACGUGUGGUGGAUAACAGCUCAGUGACACAGUGCGGUUGGGGGUGCCCCACGGGAAUUCAUCUGGCGCCCCGUCCAACGAAUUUUACAACCGCUGUUUUUUAGUGCUUUUACACAGUCAUGUGAUUGUAACGUAACCCGACCGGAAAACACCGACGACCAUCGCCGCCAAUGCUGCGUUUGAGAGGAACAGAGCAGCUGCGAGCCCAACGGACAAGUCCCCCGGUUACAAACAACAACACUUAAACUCAACGGAUUUCAGCUGAGUACAGAGGUUGAAGAAUGGAGUUGGCCAACCAUGGUCUUAUCCUCCUUCAGCAGCUCAACUCUCAGAGGGAGUUUGGCUUCCUGUGCGACUGCACGGUUGCCAUCGGGGAUGUCUUCUUCAAAGCCCACAAAGCUGUGCUAGCAGCCUUCUCCAACUAUUUCAGAAUGCUCUUCAUCCACCAGGACAGUGACUGCGUCCGCCUGAAGGCAGCCGACAUCCAGCCGGACAUCUUCAGCUACCUCCUUAACUUGAUGUACACCGGCAAGCUGGCCCCCCAGCUCAUAGAUCCAGCCCGCCUGGAGCAGGGUGUCAAGUUCCUGCACGCCUACCCCCUCCUCCAGGAGGCAAGCCUGGCCAGCCAGUCGGCCUUCUCCUCCCAUCCCGAGCCCAGCCUGUCCCUUUCCACCUCUCUCUACGGCAUCCAGAUUUCAGACCAGCAGGUGGCGCUGUCUGCCCAGCCACCCUCCCGUCGGCAGCUGUCGUCGCCUUUCGACCUGGAGCAGCUUUCCGAGGCCAAGUGUCCGUCGACAUCGACGGUCGCCUCCGCGUACGCCAACUCGUUAUUCAAGCUCACUCCCCAUGAGGUUGAGGCCUCCACCAGUGGACUUCACCCCUCAUUCGUGGAGCCCAGAGCAGACACACCCCUGGGUGAAGGUUCCCUGGUCAAUACCAUCCUCCAUGUGAAACCCAGCAUCAUGAAGAGAAGCGGCGCCUCUUUGAGGAAGCACUACUCCUGCCAUCUGUGCAGGACCCGCUUUAACCAGAGGAGCCUGCUAAGAGAGCACCUCCUUCAGCACACCCAUUCCCUGCUGCCCCUCGUGGCUGAGCCCAGUGGUGCCGUCUCCCCAGCCUUUCCCGGAGGGUCCACCACCCCUGACGUGGAGGAGGUCCCGAGGGGGAGUGGGGCGGGAUUCCCCUCGGCUUCAGCCCCGGCAGUGGAGAUGAUGAGUGACAAUGAACAAGCGCCCCAGUGCGUCUUCAACAUGGACUCUCCCAGGGCGGAGGUGACCACGUCGGGCUGGGCGGCGGGGGGGUCUCAGUCCCAGGCGGACACCCCUCCCCCGUCAGACAUCGCGGACAUCGACAACCUGGAGAGCGCCGACAUGGACCGCGAGGUCAAGCGCAGGAAGUACGAGUGUUCCACCUGCGGACGGAAGUUCAUCCAGAAGAGCCACUGGCGCGAGCACAUGUACAUUCACACCGGCAAGCCGUACAAGUGCAGCGCCUGCGGGAAGAGCUUCUGCCGGGCCAACCAGGCAGCGCGCCACGUGUGUCUGAAUCAGGGAGCCGAUGCCUACACCAUGGUGGACCGUCAAAGCAUGGAGCUGUGCUCGGCCGCAGGGGAAGACUCCAGCCAGAUGGAAGCGCUGUUCCUGGGCUCGGCCAGACCGUACAAGUGCAACGUGUGCGAGACCACCUUCUCCAGCCCCAAUGAGGUUAUCAAGCACCUGUGCUUCAGCCAGGGGGCGCUAGCGGGACUUCAGAGCCAUGCAGGGGUAGGGUUGCUCCAAGGGGAGGAGUUUCCAAAAGACGAGGGCUCUGAUUCGUCCAGUGUUGGGCCCUUACUAACGCCCAUUAAAAGCGAACAGAUUUUAGUAGAGUAGCAUCGGGAACUGUUUGAUUUUCUAAAUUAUGGAAAGUAGAUAAGCUCAAAGUGUAGUUAGUUUGAGUUUGUUUGGAGAAUGGUCUCUGUCUGCUGAAAAUUCCUCCUCAAUCGCUCUCCUUUUUCAGCCAAACUUGAAACUGGGAUUUUACUCAAUUGGAACUAUUGAAAAACAUAUUUUCAGCCAGAUAAGUGUAGAGGUGUCAGUGUAGUUGGGUUUUAAACAUUUAUUUCUGUCUCCCAACUAUCUGUUGGUCACUUAAUGCUUACAAUUAACUUAUAAGUUGAAAAUCAAUUUCAUGUUACUUCUUAAACAUGCUAAAAGUGAGUUGCUCAGAGGCAAGUUAUUUUUUAAGUUUUCUCUCUGGGUUUGAAAUAGAUCCAUGUUGCAGCACUUUGGUGGUUUUUCUAUGACUUUAAACUACCGGUGACUGUGGUUGAGCUCAGACAGGAAACGGAGGCUCAAGCAGAGCUCUACAGGAAGUGACCUUUCACUGGUCAGAUGAUACUGCGAGUUCUAUGGCAGGACAACCCCACGGGCAGUUGGACUGUAGGGAUUUGUAUGCUUGCUGAAAGAGUUGAGACGUGGUCCAUAUAUUCUUGUCCAGAAUUACCCUGUUGAUCUAGUAGAAAGGAAUUAUAGUAGUUCCUACACCAAUCGAGAGCAUAGAUUCUUCACCUGGUCAAAAAAGAAUGCCGCUCUUUGUUCUAAAAAGCCUGUAUGACUCCUUAGCAAGGAGCAGUCCAGAUCUGGUCAAUGUAUAGCAUGUCUUCCAUUAGGGCUGAAACCAUGAUGGAAGAUGAACAUACGUUUCUUUUAUUCCAUGGCCACAUUUUACAUUCUCUAAGCAGCCAUUUUGUCUGUUACCCGUUUGUCUUCAGUGAGUGUGUACUGAUGUCGCACGCAAAAGAAACAUACUGUAUGCCAUGGGAAAUGUUGUUGCAUUGCUAGGACAACAGAGACCUCAAAGCAAGUGUUUUAGUCUUGAAAUGUUUACAGUUGUGCCAUUUUUAGACUCUUCUGCUAAUGGCUGUUAUCGGUGCGUUAUAAAACACAUUUUUGUUAUAAAAGGAAGAACGUUUUGAAAUGUACAAACCUUGAAGGGAGUUUUGAAUCUUGUACAAUAUUGUACAACUUGCCAAUUGAUGAUCAUUUGCUUGACUAUGUUCAGAAAGCCCUUAUUUUUGUUUGAUAAACCUUUCUAAUUUUAUAUACAGUGCUAUAUUUACAAAGAAUAUUUUAUAUUGCGACGGUUGGAUAUUACUAAUUGCUUUUGGUGUAGAUUAAUUUAGCAUAGUGAAUGAGUGUAUAUUUGCUGUCAAUCUUUCUAUCUACACCCUUGAUUUGAUUGAACUGUUUGUGUGAUUUAGUUUUUGUCUCUGUGUCUGUUUUGAAUAGAUGUGGCCUGCAUUGAAGUUAUGGCCUAGUUCCAGCUUGGCCUCCAAACCUUACAAUACUUUCUACCUCUUUGGUGCUGAUAGAUCUUAAACGGCUGGGUUGGGAAACGUGACUAUGACUGUUUACUGUAUUAACCAAUAUGAGAGCUAGAUGGAGCCAUUGCUUUUUUGCUUUGCCCACCCCAGUACACAUAAAUCUGGUAAGAGGUAGGGUUGUUCUUAGAAUGGAACUAGGCCUUAGUAUCCCUUUCUACAUAGCUACAGCUAUAAGCAGGUCUCUGUGCUAAUUGUGAGAACAUUUCCAUCUACAGAUGCUCUUCUUGAUAUCAAGUAGACACUGUCCACUGUACUAGUGACAGCUUUGUGUUAUUCAUGCAUUGUGAAAUGAUUACUACUGAAGUUGAAGACUGUAAGCUGUCUACAUGUAAGUCCUCACUGAGCUCCAGUCUCAAAUCCAUGGAAACAAACACCGUAUAAUGUCUUUCAGUGUCAAACCUAACAUUGUGUAUUCACCCACGGUUUUGCGUCUUCUUUUUUUCCGUUUGUCCCCUUGAGGGUUUUUGAAACCAUUUUCAGGGCUAGCAUGGAGGAGGGCCAUGGGGAAAGCCCCGCCCCAACCACCACCAUGCUUUAGUGUGCACAAAAGACCUCCCUCUAUCCCUCUUAGAAAAGGCUAAGUCAGCCACAGCAGGCUGCACCCAACCCUGAGCUGAGGUGAACAUGUACUGUGAUGUCUCUGUGUUCUCGGGAACAUACUUUUCCGUGUAAAUAACGAAAGGAUUUUUACAUUUUCACAGUGAAACAUGAACAAUAAAUAAAGAAAACGUUUU